UAUCCAACCAACUCGAUUGAGUUAAAUUAAAUGUUAUCGGCAAAAGACUGCUAGCCAGCCAGCCAGCCUUCUCCCUUUCCGACCAGCAUCAACAUGGAUUUCUGGUUCCAGUUACAGUUCCAGCUUCCAUCCAUUUCCUUCAUCGUCUCGUUCCUCCUCCUCUUCGUCUUCUUGCUCGCUAAAACUCUCAACAAAACCAGAUUAACCAAAAUCAAGUCCUCUCUUCCCCCGCUUCCGCCCGGCCCCCCGCCGCUCCCCCUCAUCGGGAACAUGCACCAGAUAGGCGGCGCACUGCCCCACCAUAAAUUCAGAAGCUUGGCCGGAAAAUAUGGCCCCCUGAUGUACCUCAAACUCGGCCAAGUCCCAACCGUUGUCGUCUCCUCGGCUGAAACUGCCAGAGAGGUUUUGAACAACCAUGGCGUUGUGUUCGCUCAGCGGCCGUACCUUCUUACUUCCAGGAUUCUCUCUUACGACUCCACCAACAUUGUUUUCGCGCCGUAUGGCGAUUACUGGCGUCAAAUGAGAAAGAUCUGCACGGUGGAAGUUCUGAGCCAGAAUCGCGUCCAGACGUUUCGAUCAAUUAGGGAAGAAGAGGUCAUGAAUAUGAUCCGAUGGGCUUCGUCGGGCGAAAAAUCAUCGGCAGCGAUCAAUCUCAGCGAGAAAAUUUUCUCGCUGACAUACGGGAUUGUGGCCAGAGUCACUUUCGGGAAGAAAUGCGAGGGCCAAGAAGAAUUCAUCGCAAUUCUGGCUGAAGCUGUGCGCUUGGCGGCAGGAUUCACCAUUGUCGACAUGUAUCCAUCCGUGACGUUGCUUCAGCAGUUCAGCGGGAUGCGACGCAAGCUCGAGAUGCUGCACCAGAGGCUCGAUCAUCUUCUCGAUAACAUUCUGAAGGAGCACAGGGCGCAUAAAAGAACCAGAGAUGAUGGCAAAAGAGAAGUAGCGGAGGAUCUGGUUAAUGUUCUUCUAAGAAUUCAGAAGAACGACGACCUCGAAUUUCCAUUGACAGACAACAACAUUAAGGCCGUGAUCCUGGAUGUUUUUGGGGCUGGAAGCGAGACAUCAUCAACGGCUGUGGAGUGGGCGAUGUCGGAGAUGCUGCGGAACCCGCGAAUCAUGGAAAGAGCACAGGAGGAGGUGAGAGCCGCCUUCGGAGAAGAAGGAAACGUGAGCGAGAGACGCAUCCAUGAACUCAAGUACCUGAACGCAGUGAUCAAAGAGACCCUGCGCCUUCACCCGCCCGCUCCGCUGCUGGUUCCGAGAGAAUGCAGCGAGGAAUGCGUGAUCGACGGCUACCGGAUUCCGGCCAAGGCUAAAGUGAUCGUCAAUGGUUGGGCGAUCGCGCGCGAUUCCAGGCAUUGGACAGAUCCAGAGAAGUUCGAGCCGGAGAGAUUCCUCGACAGUGAGAUCGAUUUCAAGGGAAGAGACUUCGAGUACAUACCGUUCGGCGCUGGAAGGAGGAUUUGCCCUGGCAUAGCGUUUGCGAUUCCGAGCAUCGAGCUACCACUGGCGCAGUUGCUGUUCCAUUUUAACUGGGAACUUGGCGGAGGACUGAAGCCGGAUGAGCUGGACAUGGAGGAGACAAUGGGGUUGACGGUGAGAAGGAAGAACGAUCUUUACUUGAUUCCGGUACCUUAUAAAGGUAAGAAGAAUGAAUCAUCAAAAGCAAUCUGAAGGAGACUGCAAAUAAUUCGAAAACACUCCGCUUUAAUCUGAAUUUUGAUUGUUAUUUGGCAUGACAUUAAUAAGGGGGUGUUUGGCUUAGCCAUUUGAUAGCAUAUAAACUAUUCCAUUUUUAACGAUGUAUACCUUAUUUACUUAUACUAUUGGAAAAAUCAGACUUACCUGAUUAACACAAUAGAAGUAACAUAAAGUGAUUGAAUCACUCAUAUGAAAUGAAAUUAUAGUAGAAAUCGUUUGUUUCCACGA